AUGCAAGCACUCACGAAGAGACAAUUCUGGUUUUUGGCCGUUUUGUUGAUCAUCACUGCAGUUUACACGGUUGAACUCACAAGAUCGAGCAAUGAAUAUGUGCUGCGUUGUGUUUCAUAUGCCCGUAACCUAACUGAACAUAUUUGGCCUGAGGAGCCGUGUGGUUGCGCUAGCUGUGUGGCCGCCCCUACAAACGAUACGUGGUUCACAGAACGCUUUAAGCCUGAAGUUCGCCCGUUGUUGUCCAGAGGAAACAACGCGCUCAGUGGGAAUAUUUACAAAUAUUGGCAGGGGCUCCAGUAUGACAAGCGGCGGAGCAACUACACCGAGGUUGUGAACAAACUAUUCCAACUCAUUCCUGGAGAAGAUCGCUACUUGGAUGGGGGUUCCGAUCGUUGCAGGGUCUGUUCUGUUGUGGGGAAUUCUGGAAACCUCUUAGGAUCACAUUAUGGCCCUCUCAUAGAUUCUGCUGAUUUUGUCAUAAGGAUGAACAAAGCUCCCAUCAAAGGUUACGAGAGAGACGUGGGGACCAGAACUACUCAUCAUAUCCUCUACCCAGAGAGUGCAGUCGACGUGUCCAAUGACACCAACGUGGUGCUUUUCCCCUUUAAGACUCUGGACCUGGAAUGGCUCAUGAGUGCUUUGACUAACGGUACAAUAAAAAGGACACGUAUAAACGUUCUAGCCAAAUUAAGUGUUGAUAAGGACAAGGUGAUGGUGCUCAAUCCUGCUUUCAUCAAUUAUGUCCACACCAGCUGGCUUAAGGGGAAAGGCAGAUACCCCUCGACUGGCUUCCUGACCCUCAUACUGUCUCUGCAUAUUUGUGAUGAAGUGAAUGUGUAUGGCUUUGGAGCAAACCGGAAAGGAAUAUGGCAUCAUUACUUUGAACCAGUCCCAAAAAGUCUCUUGUCCAGGCACACUGGACAACACCCUGGGCCAAAUGAGUAUGAUUUGAUUUUGGAGCUCACCAAAAAGAAGAAGAUCCAGCUAUUUACAGGGUUUUGA